GGCGCGACGUCAUUUCCGCCGCGACUCCGGCGAGGCCGUUAAGAUGGCGGGUGCGGCGAGUGUCUGGUGGCGGCGGUCCUGGUGCUUCCUUCUCAGGCAGAGUUUCCCAGUCCUGGCAAACGUGAGGCCUCGCUGGGUGUCAGGACUGAGGGGUCCAUGGAAGAAAGUGGCAGUGCUGGGUUUUGGAGCCACCCUGUCUGCGGUCCCUAUUACACAGAAACAUGAUCCAGGUUCUCUCAGCAAUGAAGCCUUGAUCCGCAGAGCAGUCUCUUUGGUAACCGAUAGCACUGGUACACUUCUCUCCCAAACGACGUAUGCGUUAAUUGAAGCUCUGACAGACUAUACUGCGGCAGUUUAUACACUGGUGUCUCUGUACCAAAAAUAUACAAACCUCCUUGGCAAGCUAAAUUCCAAAGAGGAAGAUGCGGUCUGGCAAGUGAUCAUUGGUGCACGGGUAGAGGUGAAUGCAAAGAAGCAAGAAUAUCUGAAGUUAGAAUCCAGGUGGAUGACUGCUUUACGGCUUUCUGAGAUGGCAGCAGAAGCAGCAUAUCAGUCAGGGGCUGACCAGGCCUCCGUGACGGCACAUAACCACAUCCAGCUGGUACGAACCCAAGUGCAAGAGGCCCGCCAGCUGUCGCAGAAGGCCGAGACCAAGCUGGCCGAAGCCCAGACCGAGGAACUCCUGAAAAUGAGUGAAGAGGAACCUUCACCAGCCGUCAGUCGGCAGGCCAGCAUGGAGGAGACGGAGGAGGCCUACCUCCGGGAAGACUGAAGGGCUUCCCAGCUUGGAGGACAUUACAGGGCCCAGUUACUGGGGGACGGAAAGUGGGAGCACAGACUUGAAAUACUAGAAUCUAAAGGGAUUUUCCUCCCCUUUUGUUGAUUCUAGUAGCUGACUACGAGCCCUGAACCAGGGGCCUAUGGCAAAGGAAUUUUCUGUUUGGGUGUGCAACUGCACAAAUGUGAAACAGCCGCUGGAGGAGUGGCUUGAGGAGUUCUUGAGAUGUGUCUGUGCAAUGUCUAACUGAUGAGACCGUUAGGUCCUUAAAUAGCCCCCCCAAAAAGUGCUGGAUAUAAGUGGGGGUUCCAAACUGUAAGGGCUGUUUUUUUAGUGUUAGUGUCCCCCCCCCCCGUUUUUUUAGUGUUACAAAAAUAUGCGCUGGUGCUUGGGGAGAGAAAUGAAGCUAUGCCCAUCAGCAGUUGUGCCUAAUAUUUCAAGUUUGAUUUACAUUUCGUUGCCAGAAAGUUAGCCUUUGAAGGAUAAAUAACCAUUUUGUCUUGUUUUUCUAAUUAUGUAAAAUCGGUCAAACCAUGGUUUUAAAGAAAUAAUAAAAACAGGCGAAGUUCA